UCAGUACCAGCGAAUCACUAAUUUUUUCAGCUCUGCUUUGGACCGACCUGAGUCAGCCCUGUUCUUUCCUCUGUUGCAAAACUCCGUGGAAACAAUUCGCGCCUGCCUACAUUACCUCGACCGACUGCUCCUUCCUUCCACGUACUUCUGAAUCACCACUUUUGCCUUACACCUUUCCCACACCCACCCACCAACUCACUCACUUUUCUCCCCUCCACUCACCACUCACCAGUCUCUACUCUUUUUCUUUUUCUUCCAUCGCACACUUUCUUCACAUUUCACUCUCUAAACUUCUUUUUCUGAUCGCUCGAUACUGAUCACUCAAUACCCUCAUUCUUUCCUUUCAACUUCACACAAAUCGUCACGAUGCGCUUCACCUCCGUCAUCGUUACUGCUGCGGCUGCUUCUGCGGCGGUCAGUGGCCGCCAGGACGCUCCCGCCGCUCCGGCUAAGGUCGUCAUUGGUUCUACCUGGAUGAUCGCCGUCGCCGAGUACGAUGGCAAGUCGUUCAAGGUCGUGAAGAGCGACAACCAGACCAGCACCAACCCCAGCUGGAUGGCCUUCAAGGAGCCCAACCUUCUCUACGCCGUUGACGAGAACAGCAAUAACCUUCGCCUGUUCAACCUCGAUACCACUACCAAUGAGCUCAAGGUCGCCGUUGAGUCCACUGAGGGCGGCGCUGGAGUUGUCUCCAUCGACUUCAACAAGGACAAGACUCGCCUCGUUGGCGCUUCCUACACCAAUGGCACUGUUGACGUCUGGGAUAUCUCUGACGCCAGCGCUCUCAAGCACAUGAAGAGCCUCACCCUCGGUGGCGAGCUUGGUCCCAACAAGCUGCGUCAGGAUAAGUCUUACGCUCACCAGGCUAUUCUCGAUCCCUCUGGCCGCUACUUCGCCAUCUGCGACCUCGGCACUGACUCCAUCUCCAUCAUCGACUCCCAGGAUGACAAGUACGAGAUUAUCUCUCGCAACAGCGUCUCUAGAGCUGGUUGUGGCCCUCGCCACGGCGCCUGGUACCCUCAGAACGGAGGCGCGCCUACCGCCUUCGUUGUCGCCUGUGAGAUCAGCAACACCCUCGAGGUCUUUUCCGUCUCUACCAACAACGGCUCUUCCCUCUCCCUUACUCAUACCUCGGAGCUGAGCACCUACGGCGCUGCAUUCCCUCCCGCCAACGCCACCUCGGCUGCCGCUGGCGAGAUCAUCAUCUCGAGUGAUGGCAAGCACGCCUACGUCUCCAACCGCAUCAGCGGCAACGCAACCGACUCUAUCUCCCACUUCAAGAUCACUCAGCAGGCGGCCCCCGGCGGUUCCAAGUGUAAGCCCAAGGCCGGUGGCAUCACCCUCGAGUUUGUCGAUCAAAUCUCCUCUGGUGGCGUGCACCCGCGCAUGUUCAGCUUCUCCAAGGAUCAAAAGACGCUCUUCUCCACCAACAUGGCGGGCGAAUCCGGUGCGGUGGCGUUCAGCCGUGCCGAGGACACCGGCAUCCUGACUGCUAUGCCCAUCGCGUCCAUUCCUGUCCCGAACUUCGUGGUGGGCACUCAGGUCGGUACUCCCGUGUUUAUCCAGCAGAUCGUCUAAGAUCUCGAUGGCGUGGCGUGUGCCUCAUCACCGUCUUUCUAUGUGUAUCAAUGGAAUGGUUCCCUUUGGCAGGUUUUCUACGGCAUUAGCUUUGGCGUUACAAGGCCCGGCGUUGGAGAGCGGCAACCAUGAGUUGGCUGGUACAGACAUGAAACCGCUUGAUUUGAGUUUUUUUUUUUUUUUUCGCUGCAUUAGAUACCAAAGUCAUUGGGGUUAGUGACAUCGUUCUUCAAAAGUCUCAACAAUACAGAACUUUCAUCUGAGAA